AUGGGAGGUACAGGCAGAGAAAUUGAUGCCAAUUUCAGUGUUUCUCUGGGCGCCAUGAGACCCCUUCUUAAGAAGCUUGAAAUGAUGCUAGGUCCUCAUGGAUGCAAGCUGACCAAGGGGCUCAAUGAUAGGUCGCAGCUCCUCAAAGAUGAUCUUGAAGAAAUAGGCGCAUACCUUGAAGAUCUGUUAGAGGUGGAGGACCCUUCCCCGGUGGCCAAGUGCUGGAUGAAAGAGGCACAAGAGCUAUCUUAUGACAUCCUAGAUUGUAUUGACAACUUUGUGCCCCCUGAGUCUCUUGGCUACAAAUCUGACUACAAGAUGAGUCGUGUUAAGAUUCCCAAGAGGCUCAAGUGGCAGAAACAGAUUGAAUAUGCAGCUCCUAAUGUGCCAGCACAUGUUAUCUCUAAAACCAUUCGUGUUGAUGUCAUUCGUGCUCCCAAGAAGCUCAAGUGGUACCAGCAGAUGGUUGAAAAGGUAUCAGAAUUCAGGAUCUAUGCCCGGGAGGCGAUCUGGCGGCACGAGAGGUACCAGGUCCAUUGUUGUAGCACCUCAGCGGCACGUAGAUUUUCAGCCAUUGGGCCUAUAAUGCCAAUGCCGCCACUACCUUGUGAGAAGACUUGUUCCGGCCUAGUAAUUGAUGGUCGAAUGAGCAAGUUUAUCAACUCGCUGGCUAACGACACGGAUCAGCAGCUCAAGGUGGUGUCUAUUCAUGGAUCUGGAUCUCUUGGCAAAACAAUGCUUGCCAAAGUGUUGUACAAUAAAAUUGGAAGGCAAUUCCAUUGCAGGGCUUUCAUCCGGGUGUCCAAAAAGCCUGAUAUGAAGAGGCUUUUCCGCAACAUGCUAUCACAAAUCCAGCGGAAGCAGCCCCAAGAAACCCAAGAAGCUUCUGAUGAACUUCACAUUACUGCUGAAAAUAUCAGGAAUUAUCUACAUGGCAAGAGGUAUCUAAUUGCUGUUGAUGAUUUAUGGGAUACAUCAGCAAGGAAUGUUAUUAAUCAGCUCUUCCCCAAGUGUAGUCAAGGAAGCAGAAUAGUGACAACUACACAGAUUGAAGAUGUUGCAUUAGCAUGUUGCAGCGAUGACCCAGAACAAGUUUUUGAGAUGAAUCCAUUGGAUGAUGUUCACUCAAGGAAGCUAUUCUUUGGCAGGCUUUUUGGUUCUGAAAGUGAUAGUCCUGAAGAAUUGAAACAAGUUUCAGGUCAAAUUAUAGAGAUAUGUGGUGGUUUGCCGCUAGCAAUCAUCAGCAUAGCUAGUCUGUUAGCAAACCACCCUUCCCUAUCAAUGGAUUUAUUGACACACAUACAUGACUCGUUGAUCUCCUGUUUGACAUCAAAUUCCACUUCAGAAGGAACAAGAAAAAUACUAAACCUCAGCUACAACAGCCUUCCUCAUUACUUCAAGACAUGCUUGCUCCAGCUCUGUAUGUAUCCAGAGGGCUCCAUAUUCUUCAAACAUGACCUGGUCAGGCAAUGGGUGGCUGAAGGGUUUCUUGCUGCAUGUGAAGGGCAAAAUAUGGAACAAGUUGCCGGAAUGUAUUUUGAUGAACUUGUUGAUAGAAGAUUCAUCCAACCUGUGUCUAUCAACUUCAACAAUGAGGUGGUGUCCUGCACAGUACAUGACGUGGUACAUGAUCUUAUUGCACACAUGUCUGCUGAAGAGAAUUUCCUUGUGGUAGUAGAUUACAAUCGAAAAAAUUUGGCACUUUCUCAUAAGGUCCGUCGACUGUCUCUCCAACUUGGUGAUGCAAACUAUGCCAAGAUACCAGCAAACAUCAGAAAGUCACAAGUACGGUCACUUGGAUAUUUUGGAUUAUCGGAAUGUAUGCCUUGCAUUGGAGAGUUCAAGAUUCUCCGUGUUCUAAACCUUCAGUUGUGCGAUCUUCGCCAUGGUGAGCAAGACCUGGCGAUAGACCUCACUGGAAUAUCAGAAUUGUUCCAUUUGAGAUAUUUGAAGAUUGCUUGUGAUGUCUGCAUAGAACUGCCAAGCCGUAUGAUAGGGCUUCAAUGUCUGGAAACACUGGAUGUCAAGGAUACAACAAGAGGUACUCAUGUUCCAUGGGAUAUUAUAUAUCUCCCACACUUGUUGCACCUCAGUCUUCCUGCCCACUCAGAUCUGCUGGAUUGGUCCGUCAAUCCACCUGGGAGCCUUGGCUUGUUGAACCACCUGCAGGAUAUUUAUAUUUCUAUACCGCCUUCUUCUGAUUCCUACCAUCUGAACCGAAGUAUGGAAGCUCUGGAUUCUUUAAUAUGUGAAGAUGGCAGCCUAAAAACUAUAAAAGUGGUGGCUCACGGAUCCUUGGUUGGGUAUGGUGACGCUUCAAAAGCAAUCACUGGCUGGUAUUUCGUCAAACCUCCCCACCAUCUCCAGAGAUUUGAGCUCUCAGUCUCACCGCGCAAACUCGUCAAAUUUUCUCGUCUGGAUCUGGAUGUGUGGAUGAAACAACUUGGCAACCUAAGCAUUCUGAAGAUUGCAGUGGAUGGACUGUCAGUAAACGAUGUUGCUAUUCUUAGAGGGUUGCCUGCCCUCACUGCUCUGUCGUUGUAUGUGGAGAAGUCACCUGAUAUUAAGAUAAUCUUUGGCACGGCUGCAGGAUUCACCAGAAUUUUCACAGCUCUCAAGUACUUGAAGCUGAGGUUCAUGAGUGGAAUAGCUUGGCUAAAACUUGAGGCGGACGCAAUGCCUAAUCUCUGGAAGCUCAGGCUCGUUUUCGACGCCAUCCCCCGAAUGAACCAACGACUUGAACUUUUUUCGGAGUCUGAGCAGUGGAAACAAUAUCGACAUGGUACUGCAUUAAUCAGCAUCGAGCAUAUGAGAGACCUUAGAGAGGUCACCGCAAAAUUUGGAGGUGCAGCUGCUUAUCUGCAGUAUGUCUCGAGGAUCGGCGUAGUUAUUAAUCAUCCGAGCAAUCCUAUAAUUGGCGUGCAACUGGUGGAUUCUGGUUCCGAUUUUGGUGAUAAAAGGAUAUCACCGGAGUCCACUUCCUGCCCGCUGCAUGUUCCAGGAGCGGGAGCUGAUGGUGGAGAGGUCUCGUGGAGCAAUAUGAUUGGUGUGAUAGGUCGUGACCUCUUCAUCUAUUGCCUCCACCGUCUUUCCAGGUGGGAAUAUGGCGCCAUCGCCUCCCUCAACCUUGAUUUGAAUUCCGUGGUUUGCAACGGGGACAUCUACCGCCUGCGUCGCAAGAAUGGGGUCGCAGAGCACUGGAUCUAUCUCUCUUGCGGUAAUAAUCCUCCGGAGUGGGAGGCUUAUGACCCGUCCACUGAGCGCUGGAUCCAAGUGCCCAAGAUGCCACCGGCUCAAAGCAAAUUCAUCUCGGAGUCGCUCGCCGUAGGAACCGAGCUGCUGGUGUUUGGGGACUGCGGAAGGGUUGCCUUGAGAUAUAGCAUCCUUACCAAUUCAUGGACAUGGCUGGCUGAUGCUGAUGCGAUGAACACCCCGCGCUACUGGUUUGGGUCAGCGAGUGUCGGUGAAAAGGCGUAUGUCGCGGGAGGCAAGGAUUCUUCUUGUAAUGUGUUGAUCUCCGCAGAGAUGUAUGACUCGGAGACGCAUACUUGGACACCCCUUCCCAGCAUGAAUAGGGCUAGGUACGGAUGCUCUGGCGCCUUCAUGGACGGCAAGUUCUAUGUGCUCGGUGGUAAUAGCAGUAGUCACAAGGUAUUGACAUGCGGUGAGGAGUAUGACUUGAACCGGCGGUCAUGGAGGCUCACCGACAACAUGUCUCAGGGGAUCAACGAGACAAGACUGGGAGCUCCUCUGCUCCUAGCAGUUGUGAACAAUGAGCUUUAUGCUGCUGAUUACAGUGAGAAUAAUGAUUUGAAGCAGUAUGAUAAGCUGGACAAUAAGUGGAUCAUGCUUGGGAAAUUGCCUGUACAGUCUAAGGAGAAAGAUGGCUGGGACAUGGGUUUCCGAGCGUGUGGUGACUGGCUGAUUGUUAUUGGGCCUCCAAACAAUUCUAGUGAUGAAAAGGAGGUUGAGCUUCAUUCAUGGAUCCCGGAUGGGCAACCGCCUGCGUGGAAUUUGUUUGCCACACGGCCAUACGUUGGCGGCUGGAUUAUGUGCCCCCUGAUGGGUUGCUGA